AUGGUACAGUGUAGAGCAGUGUUAGACUCUGGCUCACAAGUCAACUUUGUGACAAAUCAAUGUGCGAGAAGACUUAGGUUGUUUCGUGUCGAUGCAGCAGUGCCAGUGUCUGGAAUAGGUCAUUCACAUGCAAAGUCUCUUCAGUACUGUGUAGCACAAGUGCACUCUCGAGUUGAAGAUGUACAGUUCAAUCUAGCUGACCCAGGAUACAACAAGCCUGGUAACGUUGAUAUGUUGUUGGGAGCGGAGCUAUUUUUUGACAUAAUGAAGACGGAUAAACAUGUGAUAUCAGAACAAGCUUCAUUUCAAACAAGGGACAGAGCUGAAGAAGAAGAAGGUGAUAGACAUUUUAAAUCAACAGUAGUUAGAACAGAAACCGGUCGGUUUAUGGUUCGAUUGCCUCUCAAGCUACAUCCUGAAGUAAUAGGAAGUACUAUAUUCAUGGCGAAAAGAAAAUUUUUCAACCUAGAGGCCAAACUGUCAAAGGAUGCAGAACUAGAAAAACAAUAUGACGACUUUAUGUUGGAGUAUAUAAAGUUGGGUCAUAUGCAGCCAGUCACUAGUAGUUCAAGUUCAACAGUCAGUUAUUACCUACCCCACCAUGCUGUGAUAAAGGACAAUAGUAUCACAACAAAACUAAGAGUCGUGUUUGACGCAUCAGCCACAGGAAGCUCUGGAAUGUCUCUAAACAACAUUAUGUUGAAAGGUCCUACUGUACAGCCAACGUUACAUUCUAUCUUACUGCGAUUUCGAACCCAUACAUUCGCACUAACAGCUGAUGUUGAAAAAAUGUACCGGCAGAUCUUAGUGCAUCCGGACGACUGCGAACUUCAAAGAAUCCUAUACAGGUCCAGCCUUUUAGAGACUCUCAAAGAAUACACAUUACGAACGGUUACAUAUGGCACUAAGUCUGCCCCUUAUCUAGCUACUCGAUGCUUAAGCCAACUUGGUUCCGAAGCUUCUAGGUCAAAUACACAGAGAACGAUUCGUGACGAUUUCUAUGUGGACGACUUGUUAUCAGGGGGGGAAUCAAUUGAAGACUGCUUAAACUUGUACAAUGAUAUAUCAAAUAUACUGCUGAGUGCAGGCAUGUCAUUACGGAAAUGGUGUACAAAUUCAAGUGUAUUGUCCAACCAGUUAGUCAGAACAAGGCCCAAACUACCUACUCAAGUUGCAGGAGAAUGA